AUGCGUGAGCUUGUAGCGAGAGCAGAGACUGGAGAACAAUGGCGUCCGGGGCGGCGGCUGGAGGUGGGACUGAUUUCCUUGGCGUCUCCGCUCUGGCCUACUUGGAGGGUACGGCGGUUAGCGAGACGCGCUCGCUGGUGGCUGAGCUAUGCCGGCAGUUCUACACGCUUGGUUGGGUCUCCGGCACCGGCGGGAGCAUCACCAUCAAGGUCUAUGAUGAGUCCAUCCCACGCCCACACCAGCUCAUCGUCAUGUCCCCCUCUGGCGUGCAGAAGGAGCGGAUGGCACCGGAGGACAUGUAUGUGAUGUCCGGAGAUGGGACUGUGCUGUCGGCGCCGUCGCCCAAGCCCUAUCCCAACAAGGCCCCCAAGUGCUCUGACUGUGCUCCUCUCUUUCUCAAGGCUUAUGGGAUGCGUAAUGCUGGUGCUGUUAUUCAUAGUCAUGGGAUGGAAUCUUGCCUUGUAACAAUGCUCCAUCCAUUUUCUAAAGAGUUUCGUAUAACUCAUAUGGAAAUGAUCAAAGGAAUUCAAGGGCAUGGAUAUUAUGAUGAACUCGUAGUUCCAAUAAUUGAGAACACUGCUCAUGAAAGGGAGCUCACAGAUUCUCUCAGUGCAGCGAUUGCAGCAUAUCCAAAAUCAACUGCUGUUCUCGUUCGCAACCAUGGCAUAUAUGUCUGGGGAGACUCCUGGAUUAGUGCCAAAACCCAGGCUGAGUGCUAUCAUUAUCUUUUUGAUGCUGCCAUCAAGCUCUAUCAAUUGGGUAUUGACUGGACUAGUCCUAGUCAUGACCAUUUAACAGGGUGUCAAGUUUCUACCAGAAUUACAGGACUUCCAAAUGGCAACCUUGCUAAUAACCUUACCAGACAAUGCAUUGUUCUUGACAUUGAAGGAACAACAACCCCAAUAUCAUUUGUUACAGAUAUUCUUUUUCCCUAUGCUCGUGAUAAUGUGCGGAAACAUUUGAUGUUAACGUAUGAUGACCAGGAGACAAAAGAUGAUAUCAAACUGCUGCAUGCCCAAGUCCAAGAUGACUUGGAGAAAGGAAUUUCAGGGUCUGUGCCCAUUCCAUCUGAUGAUGUUGGAAAAGAGGGAGUCAUUGAUGCCUUGGUUGCUAAUGUUGAGUCCAUGAUAAGAGCUGACCGAAAAGUAACUGCUCUUAAGCAGCUGCAGGGUCAUAUAUGGAGAACCGGCUUCAAAAAUAAUGAGCUCCAAGGUGUAGUUUUUGAGGAUGUUCCUGAAGCAUUGAGGAAAUGGCAUGCUGAUGGCAUUAAGGUUUAUAUAUACUCAAGUGGUAGUAGAGAGGCCCAAAGGCUGCUUUUUGGGAAUACAUCUUAUGGAGACCUGAGGAAGUACUUAUCUGGAUAUUUUGAUACCACCACUGGAAACAAAAGAGAAUCACAAAGUUACUUUGAGAUCUCAUUCUCAGUUGGAGUUGAUGAGCCAUCACAAAUAUUAUUUCUCACAGAUGUCUAUCAAGAGGCUGUGGCUGCAAGGGCAGCAGGUGUGGAAGCAAUCAUCUCCAUCCGCCCUGGAAAUGCACCACUGCCAGAAAACCAUGGAUUCAGAACAAUCACAUCCUUUUCAGAAAUCUGAGUUGAUGAAAGGUGUGCAAUCAGAUAAUGGGAGCUAUGUAAGUUUAUGGAGUUUGUCCGAUUGUGAAUAAAAAGGUUACGUGGUUUGACCGUGACUUCUCAACUUAAGUUUGUAAGAAACAGCUGUUUUGUUCUCUUGUCAUUUGGCCAUGAGAACCAUUUCAAGAAGUGGCUUAUAGUGCAUGCAAGAUUGACGGUCUGUAGGCCAGCCAUCAUGUUGCAGCUGUAUGUGAGGGUCAUUUUACCGUCUCUUGACUUCUUUGUGUAUUGGAUUCAUGGCCCUAAGGUAAUAUAUAAUAAUAAUAAUAAUAAUGGCUUUUCACAGCUAUUAUCA